CUGCUGUGUGCUGCCCGUUGGCUGGUGGAGCAGCAGAGCAGAAAUUCACUGUUGGCAUCUGGCAAAGCAGCAGGAGAGAGCAGUUGUGAGGGGAAGGGGGGUGAGGUGUCUGCUCUUCAAGAGGGACAAGACAAAGGAGUUGGGGAAUUGUCCUGGAACUCUGGCCUGGCAGGCUUGGAGCGCUGGGUGGGCAUUUCUUGAGAGCUGUGGUGGCCCCACUUCCUCCUGAGCCUCAUUUGAUGGCAGUGUGUCCAGAGGCAGCCCGGCUCCAGGCUGAAGCAAAAAGCCAGAGCGGGUGAUGCGGGAGCUGCUCCAGCGCCUACCGCAGCCUGCGGCCCGGUGGGAGCGUCCCGGGCCCUGCCCCGGGGCGCCCUGAGGCGGGGCAGUGCCCACUCCCGCCGGCCGCCCUCACAAGGCCCAGGCCGCCUCCUUCCCACAAGGCCCAGCAGGGCCGCCCUCACACCUGCCCCGCCCUGCCCUGCCCCGCCCGGCCCCACCCUGCCCCGUGGCCUCUGUCACACCCCACGCUGACGUGCUGAGCCUUCCACCAGCCAUUGUGACGCCACAGGCGCCAGUCGGGCACGGCUUUGUUGGUGCCCGCAGCCGGCGCUCAGAGCUGCUGGAGCCUCUCGGGGAGCAGCAGCACAUCCCGCUCGGGGAGCAUUGCGCGCCUGCAUCGCCGUCUUGGCAGCUGCAGGCCACGACCACUGCGCAGGGCGACCUCGUCUGCCUUGUGCUUCAUACCCUGUGCCCGUCCUUCUUCUCGUCCCCUUUGUCACCCUCCCCCUAAACCUCGCCCCGUCCCAUUCCUCAUCCCCACUUGGCUCCCGGCAGCCCGCCGGGGCCUUCUUGCCCUUCCUGCUGCUGGGAGCUCCAAGCAGGGCCAUGCCGUGGCUUCUGAGCAAGAAGCGACGGCAGUCGCCCUCCAGCAGCCCCAGUGGGCAGCCCUGGGCUGCCACCAGCUCCAGCAGCGCCUCCCAGCUCCGGGAGCAGGGGCUGGGCAGGCUGCACCGCGCGGCCGCCCGCGGUGACCUGGGCUGGCUGAGGCGCUGGCGCUGGUACGUCAAGGUAGUCGGCAUCGACAGGCCAGACCAGGAGAUGCGGACACCUCUGCAUCUGGCUUCAGCCAAUGGCCAUGCAGAUGUCGUCAGAUAUCUGCUAAGAAAGAACAGCCAGCCCAACCUCGCUGACAGCUUCAAGAGAACGGCCCUGAUGAAGGCAGUCCAGCAGGAGCAGGAAGAAUGUGUUGCUGUUCUGCUGGAACACGGUGCCGACCCCAAUCUGGCAGACGCUGACGGCAACACUGCCCUUCACCUGGCUGUGCUCUCUAAAAACACAGCUGUAGCAGGGCUGUUACUGGAGCAUCAUGCCAACAGUGAUGCUCAGAACCAGUGGGGAUUUACCCCCUUGAAACUUGCAGCCUUGCAACAGCACGAGGAGAUUCUGGAGUGCCUUGUGAACAAAGCAGCUGACAGGCCUGCUCAAGCCCAGGGGGAAAGGAGUGCUCUUGUGGUUCCUGGAAGCCAUGAGGCUCACCUGGAGGAAGAUAAUCUGCGCUUGCAGGAGGAGCUGGACAGGGCUGGCGCGGAGCUGCAGGAGGAGGAAGAAAAGCAUCUUCAGUCUGAGCAUUGUGUUCCUGACUUGAAGACUGCCUUGGAUGCCAAGAAAAGAGAGGCAGUAACUUCUUCCCAGGAACUGCAGGACCUCCUGUUGGCAUCUUGUGAGACCAAUCCGACUGUGAACCAACUGGAAGAAGACGCGCAAGACUUUGCAAGUGAGAACAGCAGAUUGGAAGGCACUGUCCAGCAGCCAAGCGAGAGCGUUGAAGCCCUUCCGAGAGCCCUGCAAGCCUCUGCCUCAGGUGGUGAACUUUCCCAGCAGCUGGACAUGGAGCCUGGAACAGGCAUGCAGCUCGAGGCCCUAAACCAGGCUUUGCAAGAAGAGCUGUCCACUCUGCUUGGGAAGUGUGAACAACUGGAGAAGAGCAAAUGUCAGCUGCAAGAAGAGGUGACAAAACACCACCAUCAUUUGGAGACUUUGGUGCUGGAUGGCAGCCAAAGAGAACAGUGUACAGGAGAGGUGGCAGAAGGAGCUGACCAGGAAAGAAGUCCAAAGCUACAAGAGGUCAGCCUCGUUUUGCAAGCACAGGCAGCCCACCAGGCCCCACUAGGACAAACCAGAGACCAUCAUUGUGAUUCCGUGAGAAUCCAGUUGGAAGAAAGGAUUAGAAAUCUGGAAAGUGAAUUGGAGAGGAUCAAAACCACCCAAGAAGAGAGUGCUUCUCGUAAAGAAGCAACACAGGGAGAGAUGGGGAUGUACAAAGAGCUGUAUCUGGAGGAAGUUAAAACCAGAAGAUGCCUUGCCAAGAAACUGGAAAGGUAAGUCCAUGCUUGUUU